CGCAUUUGUCCCCCCCCAAUAACAUGGAGAAGAAAAAGAUUGAUUUUGAAAUAUUUGACUCGCGAGCUUUUAUUUUGAAAGACACCGCGGACUUCUCUCCGACACAGCCCCUCCCCUCAGGGAGUUACAGGCUGGCUGAGUGAAGCAGGAGUCAGAGCCAGGGCAGACACAGGUGUCAGAGAGAGACGGCAGCAGCUCAGCGAGUUCUUCUCAUGGGCAAAAAAAGAAAGAAAGGAAUUAGACCAGAGGAAGUUCAGCAGGAAAUGACGAAGAAGGUGCGACAGGCAGCGCCAGACCUGCUGAGGGUGAGACAGGGAGAGCCAGACCUGCUGAGGUGCAGGUCCACCUCCCGGUCGCCGUGGAUAGAUUCUGGCAGGUUCAGGCCCUCCACUUCCCUCCCAGGGUCUUUGGAAACACAAGAUCCAGAUCAUAUCCAGCUCUCGAUUUGCAACAUCAUGGCAUAUAGGAAGGUGUGUGAUGUCCAAGGUGUCCCACUGGAGGGGGAGGUUCUGCACUGUUCCCAAGAUAUGGACCUUGACUGGGAUCUGAACAAGGAGGAGUUGCAAGAAACCGGACCAAGCAUUGAGCGCAUGCAGAUGAAACAUGUUGAUUGCCAAAGAUCAGACCCAGGUUCUGACCCACACCCUGAGCUAAUGGAACCAAUUCAGCCAUCAGUUUCGGUUUCAACACAUGGACGGUUUGAACGACUCCAAGAAGAUCCAGACUACGUCUCCCACUUCCAGACCAGAUCUCCUGGUCACAAAGGCCACAGACGGCACCAAUGUGUCAUGCUCAGAUAUGCUCUUGCAGGAGUGGGAGGGUUGAUCUUGGGGAUCCUGGUUGGCUGGUUCAGCCACACAUCCUCAGUCAGUUCAUCUCUUCCCUCACCUGAAAGCUCGGACCUGCUAGAAGAGCUACUGAGGCGAAUACAGGCCGACAAGAUAAAUGCUCUUCAGAGGUCGUUUUCCAGCCAGUCAGACGAAAGUGAAGAAUCCAGAGCCAGGUAUCUGUAUAGGCAGUGGGUAGGACUUGGGCUGACUGAUGUCCGUAUAUCCAAUCAUACAGUUCUGCUCAGCCUUCCUGGUUCCAAACCCAACACCAUCACUGACAAAGCUAGUCACCAGUGCUUCCUGGCCAGUGGCUUCCAGUGUGAUCAGAGAAAACCCAGGGAUGUGAAGAAGCAGCAGUUCUCCUAUGCAGCCUAUUCUGCAGCAGGCAGUGUACAGGGGGAAGUUGUAGAUGUCCAGUAUGGUAGUGUGGAUGAUUUGAAGAGAGCCAAAGAAAAUCUCAACCUCACCAACCAGAUUGCUGCAGUUAAGCUUGGACGAGCACCUUUAUUAUACAAGCUAUCCCUGAUUUCUGACUUUGGUUUUCGGGGUGCUCUUCUCUACAUCGACCCUUGUGAUACCCCCUCUGGCCAAAACAUUUGGCAUCAAGCCUUUAGAGUUACACUAAACCCUGGAGGAAACCCUGAUAUUGCUGGGACUGCAGGAAGUCUGACAUCUCUGCUGGUUCAGCCCAUCUCUGCAUUGCUUGCCAAGAUUUUAUUGUCCUCUCCAUCAAAAGAGCAGGGAACCUGUACUCCUCUAGCCAUGCCUCCAAACACAGAGCGGAAGAAGAUAACUCUGACUGUAGGAAACCAACUGUCCUACAAGAAGAUUUACAAUGUUGUGGGCUACCUGAAGGGAAAGAAGAACCCAGAUCGCUAUGUUUUGGUAGGCAGCCAUCAUGACAGCGACCAGGGAGGCGGGACUUCUGCCAUCAUGAAUCAACUCAUUGAAGCAUUAACGGACCAGACCAAACGAGGAUGGGUGCCAGACAGGACCACUGUGUUUUGCUCUUGGGGAGGCUCAGUUCUGGGGAACAUCGGGUCGUACGAGUGGGGGAAGGAUAACAGCGUCGUCCUACAGAGCAGUGCUGUAGCCUAUGUGAGUCUGAAUUCUCCAGUUCGGGGGAUGGAAACUCUUCGAGCUACAGCUUCUCCGACUCUUCUGCAGCUCACCACCGACAUUCAAAAAAGGCAGUUACUGAGUUGCAUUCGAGGAGGAAACUGCCCCGGGCCCAAUGUCAGCUCUUUGCAGUUGCCUGGAGAUGGGAGCUUCUUUGCCAAUCUGCUGGCUGUGCCUACCCUGGAAUUUGCCUUUGAGCAGAGUAAAGCAGAAGAGAGCACCAGUUUUCUGUCUGUGGCCCAAUUUGCCACGGAGUCUCCAAAAACGCUGGACCCACUGUUCAACUUUCAUGAGACAAUAGCUAAGAUGACUGGGAGCUCAGCUGAAAAACAAAACUCUAGAUUUGCUGAUCCCAUCACCUACAGUCAUAAGAUUUGGAUCGUGGAAGAAAAUCCUGAAUCCAAGCCGCUGGAACGAGCUCACUUCAAGUAGCUCAAUCUUCCAGUGGAGCUCAGAGUAGAGCUGGUUUGGACGGCUGGCAUGAUUCCUGGUUCACUUCCUUCUGUUGGUUUUUCCUACUGCUGAUCUGAGUAUAAACAUGAUUAGACAUGUUUUUAUUUUUAUUUAGUUUUUAUUUUGAAAUGUCAACCAGAUCACUCAUUCAUUCAUGUAUUUUCCUAUCUACAUCCCUCAGAUUAUCUUUAUUUACGCUGAACUCACCCACACAAUGUAGUUUUAAAUUAUCUGUUCCACUAUUGUUUAUUUUUAAUGUUGUAUUUGUUGGGGGGAAAGCGUUUGUUUUGUCUCACUCUUGCGCAUUUGCUGUUCUGUUUUCUUACAUAAAUGCCUAAAAUCUCAGGAGCUGGAGUCAUUGGUGUUUCUUCUACUGUUUGACAGUGAUACAUUAAACUGAUCAACUCUACAAACUACAAGAUUUUCUAUUGUUUAUUGGAAUAUGCUCCCAACAAACUGUCACCCAAGGCUUGACUUAGCAGCUUUGUGGAAAGCUGUGCUCAAGAACAGCUAAAUAGAUCUGCACCACAGAGGGAGAGGCGACACGAUGCUCCAUUCAGUCUCUACACAGACUCCACAGUAGCUGCAAUAGUCAACUGGUUUGAUCUUCUCUGAAAGACAUUGAUCAGAAUUUGAAGAUCCAACACAUUCUCACACCCAAAACAUCAAAUAUUGACGCGUGUGACCAAGUGUCAAAAUAUGACGAUUUUCUUUCUAAAAUUCUUGAAAAGAUAGUCUAUAGCCAAAUAUUGGCGUUUUUGGAAAGUCAAAAUGUAUUAGAGGUUUUCCAAUCUGGUUUUAAACCCUUUCACAGCACCGAAUCAGCCCUUUUAAAAGUUUUUAAUGACAUAUUCUUAGCUACUGAUGCUGGGGACUGUGUUGUUCUUGUGCUUUUAGAUUUGACAGCUGCUUUUGAUACUGUGGAUCAUGCCAUUUUAUUCUCUCGUUUGGAGCACUGGGUGAGCAUUAGAGGCACAGCUCUCGAGUGGUUCAGGUCCUACUUGGCAGGGCGAACAUUUUGUGUCAGUCUCGGUGACUGUGUCGUCCUCUGCUCCUCUCUUGUGUGGUGUCCCGCAGGGCUCGGUUCUUGGCCCUCUCCUCUUCUCUUUGUAUCUUCUUCCUCUCGGGUCUAUACUGAGUAAGCAUGGCAUUGCUUUCCACUUGUAUGCUGACGACUAUCAGAUCUAUGUCCCUCUUCAGAAAAAAGGCGGAUACCUCAUACAGCCAUUACUUCAGUGUCUUGAUGACAUAAAGGCUUGGAUGUCUAUUAACUUUUUAAAAUUCAAUGAUAAAAAGACUGAGGUGAUGAUUUUUAGUAGUCCUACUGAGACCCACAAUGUGUAUGUUGAUUCCCUGGCCCAGAGAGACCGGGCGCGUGCAGCCAUCAUGCAUCACUCAAUAUAGCGUCUGUGCAGAAACUCACCAAGGAACUUUUAUCUGCUGCACUUAAAUCAAGCAAAUGAGUGAAAAUUUCAUUAUUUAACGGAAAAAAUGAACCAAAAUGGUACGCAAGUGGACCGAACCGAACUGCCUGAACCGAAACGGUUCAAAUAACCCCCGUGAACCGUUACACCCCCAACUGUUGACACAUUAAGUGACCAGCCAGCACCAUGUUCAGAGACAAAACGAACAGUGUGUUGGUGUUGUCACUUUCAUACACGUUUAUUCCCCAGAACUGAUAAGCAGCACUAUGCUCAGUCAGUCGGCUCUCCCCCGUCUCCUCGUCCCCACCGUCACGCAUAAUUAUAUAAAAAAAAGUCAUUAGAUGGCUCUAACUUGUUUGUGUCUAGACAUGCGGGGCAGAUAUUUUACUUCUUUAUUCUGUCACAUGACUUUGUCUGCCAUGAUGUGGGUGGUUUAUCCACUAGAAUUGGCCGUUAACCAGUGCCUUCAGCAUAUUUUAUCAGCUGGAAACCUGUAAAACUUAAUAUUUGCUGUCCUCUUUUGAUUUACUUGUGCAGCCUACAGCUCUACAUGUGUUAACCAUGCUGAUAGAUUUUAUUUUGCCCAUAUUUAGCUAUGUUUAUUGACAACUAACAGAUAAACAAACCAGGUUGGUCAACAGGGAGGUGCCGGCUUCUUCCCCUCCAGCCUGGGGCUGUGGGGUGGGGGAAUGGACACAUGACGUCAUGCUUCAAUGGGUCUAUACUUUAAUUUAAAACAUUUUGUUAUGAAAUGGUUGAAUGCCAAGGAUUUGAAUGCAUGUUAAUAGACAGAAUAACCUUUUUUCAGCUCCUACAUGAUUCCUGUCAGGAUCACUCAUUCAUUGGGUUCUAACAGCCCAGGAUACUAAGACCCACAAUGAAACAUGAGUACUCACUCAAGUCUGACACACAGCAGCGUUACUAUGAUGUUUACACGGCAGCUGACUAAAGCACUGCCAUGACAAACUGCUUCAUCACCCGUAACAGGAAAUAGAGUUUGUGCACAUGCAUUUUUAAGGAAGUGAUGAAGCAGGUAUGGGUGAUUCAGUUGGUCAGUGUCUUCAGAAGGCUCUGUGUGUGUAAUAGUGCACAACAAAGACAAACACGAGUGUGCAUGAGGCUGACAGAGGCGUCCAUGUUGACAGCCUCCAUAAUGGAGGAGAAGGCAAUUUGUUAGACGGAUCCUCCUUCGCGGCCACCUGCACAUCUCCCUCCAUUCAUCCUUCUCCCCAUCGCUCUGCCUCCAUCAUGUGUCCUGUAAAUCUUCCUCAAGCACUCUUUCUUUCCCACUUACCCUCCAUCUCCCACCAUCUCUUCUGUCUAAUGUUCGUCCCCUCCCUCCCUCUCCUCACCCCCCUCCUUUGCUCAGCUCAGGCUCUCAUCCAUCAGAUCUAAUGAUUAAACUUCUGCCUGCCUCAUCUGUGGCCCUUCAUAUUUCCAAGUGCUGAAAUCAUGCGUUAGCCGAGCGGCAGCAGAGCAUGCUUUGGCUGCCAUGGAAACAGGAAUAUUCCUUUUGCGUUUUACCGAUGCUCUGUCUCUAUUAGGGUCAGAGGUUUCAUGUGAGCUGAACAUAAUAGUAAACCGAUUAUUUUUAUCAAGUUUAACAUGUUUUUUUCUUUUGGCUGAACUACAAACUGCAACCUCUUUAUAUUUCCCUUCAUGUAGCCCUGUUCCUUUUGCUGUGACAGAACAACAUGUGUUGACAUGUUUGAACUAAAUUAUUGUCCUACCACUAUCAGUACCAGCAUGUAAACACUGCAAAUGAACGUGAUGAAGCUUCAAAUAAAGUUUACCCAUGCACACACACACACACACACACACACACACACACACACACACACACACGCAUGCGUAUGUGUGUGUGCAGUUUUGUUCUGCAUUCAAACUCGUUUUCCUUUUGCUGUACAAAGAUGCCUGACUUCCAUCUGAUGUGUUGUUACAUGGAUCCUAUUUCCCUUUCCCGUUGUCACGAGUUUUGUUUACCAUCCUAGAGCUUGUGUGUGUUUUUUCUGCUCCUUCUGAUCUUACUUUGUUUAUCGGGUUGUUUCAUCUUAAAAGCUUUGAGUUCACUGAUCAAUAACUGAGUCCACUUGCUUAUAAUGUGAUCAGAGAUGUUUUCUUGGUGCCCAUUUUGGUUUUGUAACCCUGCCUGCCUGAGAUGUUAAGCUUUAAUAUAACUGCCAUUUCUGGUUUUAUCAAUCUUUACAGUUGCAUUACAGUUUCCUGCUUCACUUGUUUUUUUUAAUCCCAGAUUUUACUCCAGGGGUGAAAGGAGUUUAGGUUUUCCCAGGACCCUACGCAUUUAUCACAAUGUUCCAUAACUAGGACUUGGGAUCACACGUGAUAAUGCGAUGCAUUCUGGGAUGUGCGCAGACAUAUUGAUGGCCUUAAACAAACUGGGAAAACAAACAUUACAAUGCAGAAAAGAAGCAGAUUUGGGAGAAAGAAAGUGUUAAAUAACAUGUUAAAAUCCCAUAGUAUGGAGAAUACACAGGGCCAUAUUAAAUAAAGACGUCGGGAACCGGUAUGUGGCAUUAUAAAGGGCGUGGAUCCAUACGAGAGACCCAAGAUUGGUUUGUGGUGUAAGCGGAUGUAAACGUCCGGAUGAGAGGUAAACAUUUCAUUUGCUGAGAAGUUGUGUUGUCAGUGGGCCCAAAUUAGUUUACUGGUAUGUGUGUGUAGCCUAUGUGUGUGUUGUGUGUGCAUGUCACUGUUGAAGGAAAUAAACGAUGUAUAAAACACGUACACCAUCUGUAAUUUACCAGAAUGAAAGUACUCUGGAAGGUGAAGCUUUGUCACCUUACAACUGCGAUCCAAACAAGCCAAAAAGACUUCGUUAGAUACUUGGUCUCCGUGGUUAUGCCUCUAAGCAGGUAAACAGGGAAAAUUUUCCUCAUUUUCCACCUUUAUUCCCCUGGUGAUCACAUGUUGCACCCCACAGCACAGCAACAAUUUACCAUAGCUGCGUAAUAUCACCCAUCAAAUUAAUAUUAAAAUAAAUUAAGCUGCAAGAGUGAGACUGAGUGCACUGUUUACAAUAGUCAUAAGCAAAAAUCAAGGACUCGUAGACCGCCGACAGGGCGGCAGCAUCGAUGAUGUUGUCACGAUUACGACCCCUAUUGGUUGUACGAUCUAGGUAAUUUCAAAUAGAAAGUGGAUUUAUGCAUGUAGAUGAAAGGUUAUACUGUGGUCAGUUGGAUGGUGAAAAAUAGACCCUUUUGUAUUUUACACUAGCUUGGGCCCAGCUCUCGCUCUCCGUUAGUGCCUCCCACAGUCUUGCCUGCAGAAGCUUUUCAAGUUUUACUAAGAAUAUGAAGAAGCCUGAAAUGAAUGAAUAAUUAGGAAACAUGGCACUUAAGUAUUAAAAUAUGUAUGAAAUUCUAAACCCCAGUGAAGAGUUGAUGCUUUUUUUUCUCACAUUGCAAAGGAGAAAAGUACGUCCACUCAUGCUGACAUAGAUUUGGGUCAAACCAACUUCCAAGAACACAAAUGCAGGGAAAUAUAAACCAUUUGGCUCACAAAAAUACUGUGAGUAUACAGAAUUUGUAGCAGAGAGCCAUGUGACCUCCACCUCCAUAGGCAGAGCUGGCAGAUGUAGCGCUCAAACAUUUCAGUCUCAUGUCUGAUGAAUUAUUAAACCUACCUUAAAUCUGGCCCUUCACUGGCGGUGUCAACAAACAGAAAAACAGCCCAAGGCCUCUUCACCACCAUAACACAUGUACACUUCUACACUUUUAGUGGCUUUAUGCACUUUUUUCUGUUUUCACUGCUGAUGCUUCUUUUUCUGACAAGUUUGGCCUGUACUCAGUUUAUUCCAGUGACUCCAGCGUACUCUCACUACAGCCAAAACGAUUUGCUGCACUAUUCAAGCAAAAGCAAGAGGACACGUAUCUGGCAACUGUUGGUGAAAUGGGAUUGUUGUAGGUGUUGCUUUGCAGCAAAGACAGGAGCAGCAAGGAUGCCGUACUUUAAGCUAUGUAUUUGCAAUAAGUGUGUUUUCUAAUUUAAAAAGGUAAUUUACUGAGAAUGAAUUACUUUUUAUUUUUGAAAAUGAUGAAAAUUGUGUCCUAUUUCCUAUAUUAGCUUCUGAUAGAAAAUAGUUUUAUGAUUGGCAAAGCAGGGGAGAGGUUUUACACUGUUUCAGCUGUACCAGGAGUAAAUGUGGGAUCCUACACCCCAGAGGGACUCCAUUUGCUUGCUGCCUCCUUUACUGUCAGAUCCCAGCCACAAAACAGAUGAUUGUCAAAGCAUGAAAGACCACACAUGUGGAGAUAACAAGUCAUGACUACAUGAGUUUUAGUCCUACAAAGCAACACACAAAAACCUAAGGGUCUGAUGAGAAAUUUUUGACAAACCUCUUGAGAUCAAACUUUGGUGUAAACAAACAUGGUAGAGGAGUACGGGGCGCCACUGGACUCAUGCAUGUUUGUUCACAGGGCUCAUCACGCAUGCUGUAACAUAGACCCAAGACAAUCCAGCAUUUUGAAUAUUCCAGGUUUUCAUUUGGAGUGGUCCCAGUGGUCUUCCCAGUUGACCAGGGUGCUCUUAACACACCACACGUGGCAGGAAUAUCUGAUGAAAUUAUCUUUAGAACUAUUACUGUAACCGGGGGCACCCUGGAGACUGUGGGAGGGGAGGUUCUGGUCAAAAAUGGGCAUGAUUAUCUGUCCUUCUUUCUCUUUACUUUCCAGGCCUUAGUUAAGAAAACUAUUGUUCUUCAAGUCUGCACCCAGUUUCAGAGUGCAACUGUACAGUCUACCCUUACAUAAUGUACAACUGGGACGGUGGGAGCAUUAACGCUAGACCAGGCACCGUGCAGGCUGUUCAGGCUUCAAUUGUAUAAUAUAAUAGUUGUUCAAAAUAAGCCUUUUCUUCUUCUUCUUGUUUGUCAUGUCAGAAUAGAGAUAACAGAAGCAGAAAGGAAUGUUGAUCGGGGCGGCGUUAGGCCCGGCUACGUGGGCUGAAGCCCCGGAUGUUUCAUGAAAAGCCCCGGAUCUAAAUCGCGGAAGUAACAUGCAGUACCAAAGUCCAACAGAGAGGGAGCAGCUGACAGUAGUUUGUACACAGCCUGCCUGAGCUUCCACCACUGAAGAAGAAGCCCUUCAGCAGCCGGCUUCUUCUACAGUCUCUGCCUGAAACUCAUGAGUGAAGAUGGACAUAAGGACGUUUUUUAGACCAAAAGUACGGCGACAGAACCCCAGCUUUGAUGAGACUGGUGUUGACUCAGGUUUGUGAGUCUUAUUUGAAAAUAUUUGUUGUGCUGGCGGUUUGCCUAAAGUUAGCUUAUCAGGUAAAGUUGAUGGAGAAAGGGAAUAUUUACUAUCAUCUCACACUAAACAUUAACAGGAACAAUACUCUGCCCUGAAAAUGCUUAAUAUGUAGCUUCAGAUUAAAAAUUAUGUGGUACAAGACAAAUAUAUAUGAUGUUGACUAGUGCGUGUCACGUGUGUGCCCGUGCACGUGUGUGUGUUAAGCCCCGGAUCUUCUUCAGUCCUAAAUUGAUGACCUUAUUUUAGCUGCUACUCUAGGUUCAGGGUUGUAGUUUCUCUCCUAGUUGACACUGGAACAGAGAAGAGCCUUUUUUUCAUUUGAUUCAAGUUCUAGUAUUUGUUGUUGAAUCAGGGUUUGAUGACGUGUCUUUCCCUUUUUAUAUAUUUUAUUGUUUUUUUACGUUUCCUAGCAUCUGAAUAAUUAGGCCUCAUUAAUGAUCAUUUGUUUGAUUCUUCUCUUUGUAUUUUUUUGUUGUUUUUCACUUUUGACUCAGCUUCUCAUUUUAUUCACAGAAUGUUAUUACCUAUGAUACAAUAAAUUGGUGGAGCUAUCAGUGAUGUGUUCCCUGACAAGUGUUGAUUCCAAGAAUUAUGGAGAACAAAUGAUCCACCAGGGACACAUGGAGGCUUUUUGCUGUUUCUGUUUUUCAUCACUUCAAAUCUGGAGCAGUCUACCAAAGACCUGCUGUAUUCUUCACUUCCUCCUGGAUUGCACACAUCAAAUAAUCCUGCACAGCUCUUUGAGUUAGCAGGAGCACCAUAUGUUACCUGAGAGCACAGAGAUUAUUUCAUCCUGUGAAUGCACCUAUCUUUGGUCUCUGCUUUUCCCUUGUUUUUGUCUUGUCAUUUUUCACUCCAUCCUCCUCUCUCUACCUCACACAACUUUUUUUGUCUUUGCUCCUCCUUUACUCCCCUCCCCAUUACACCUGCUUGUGUUAUUUCUGCAUGAAUUCUGACCUCUGAUCGUUCUUUAUCUGACGUGAUUUCUGAUCUGAUUACGGAAGCUGAUUCCGUUUAUGUGAAACAGAAAUUUUCACCUUAUUCAUAAAUCAUUCAUCCAAGAUUUUUUAACUCCUCCUGGCUGCAUGAUGAUUACAGGUUAGCACAUCAUAAUUAGAAAGUCUCUCAUUCAAAUCACACCAGGAGCCUUUCUAUGAGAGGUUUGCACCUUCUACCUGUAAAACACAUUUGUUUCUUCUGAUUUCCUCCCACAAACCAAAAACAUGCAAGUUGGGUUAAGUGUGUACUCUUAGUCUCAGUCUAGAGAUAAGGUCCUUCCAGCGUGUCCUGGGUUUACUAGGGAGGGCAUCAGAACUUCCUAAAGAGGCAUGCUAACCAAAUGCCCAAACAGCAUCAGUUGACAGAAGACCUUGGUCAGAUGAUGAAAGCGCAGAGCUUUUGCUGCAGACCCUUAUGGUUCAAGCCUUUGAAGAUGUUGUUCCUU